ACAAUCAGAGCAAGGGGCUUCAGCCUCAACAAACAAGAAUUUGUCGACGCCAUUGCUCUGAGAUAUGGCUGGCCGAUUAAGGGACUGCCUGAUCUCUGUGCAUGUGGAUCACCAAAUGGUGUCACCCACACCAUGACAUGUAAAAAAGGAGGCUUCGUCUGUAUUCGACACGAUGAAGUGAGGGAUCUGACAGCCAGCAUGCUCGGGGAGGUAUGCCAAGACGUCACUACCGAGCCGGCGCUGCUUCCCCUGGACGGCGAACACCUUCGGUACAGGACAGCCAAUACCUCACAGGAGGCACGGGUUGAUGUAAGUGCCCGCGGAUUCUGGGUGCGCGGACAGCGGGCGUUCAUGGACAUCCGCAUAUUCGACCCGAUGGCUGCCUGUCACCGUGAGCUGCCCCUGCAAGCCGCCCACCACAGGCACGAGCAGGAGAAGACAAGGGCAUACGGUGAAAGAAUCCAACAUGUGGAUCAGGGCAGCUUCACCCCCCUCGUCUUCACCACAUCCGGCGGGAUGGGUCCCAGGGCCCAAUGCUUCUACGCACGCCUCGCGGAACUAAUCUCAGAAAAGAAGCAUCAGCCAAGGAGUCACGUUGUCGCCUGGAUGAGGUGUCGCCUCUCGUUCUCCCUGCUCAGGUCGGCCAUCCUAUGUCUCAGGGGCACCAGACACUCUGGCCCAAAAGCCACCAACAUCUCCAAUAUGGACUAUGAAGCCACAGUGGUGGAGAGUGACAUUAGGGUGGGUCGGGAGUGACUUGAGUAGGGAAGGAAAGGGGGAUCUAGACGUAAUAGAUGAUAGGUGAUUUAGUGUCAGGUAGUAUUAGUGAUAUGGUUGGAUGCCACAGUCAUUAGCGA